AGUUGCACACAGUUUGAGCCGAGCUGUUGUGUUUUCACUUUACACGAACAGCGAUGUGUGAGUUGUGUCUGUUCCUCACACUACAACGUCAAGAUGCUUUAAACUGCAAAGCUGCACCCAGGUCGUCUCUGCUCCGAAAGUAAGCGACACAAAAUCAUGGUCAUCAUCACAAAAUAAAUCUCAAGCUGGGUGCUCAACAAGGGGCCCCACCAGAGUUCUGGAUCAUCAUCACCACCACUGUGGAUGAAGUGAAUGUGGGCAGAAAGAAAGACAGCGCGUUGCAGUGACCGAGAGGAAGAAGAGAGGCCGUGUGUGUUUUCACAAGCGGAGCAUCGAGUGGGGAAUGUCGGGCAGAAGUGGAGGAGCGCCUCGGGGGUGCAGCAACCCCAGCCUGCAGCCCCUCAGAGCCACCGUCCCGUACCAGCUCCAGAGGGGCUCAGCUCUCCUCUGCAGGGAGGUCAACACGGCUGACAGGAACACAGCUCGCCCACCGAAACCUACCAUCCGCCGAACGCUUUCUCUCGACGCCAUCAUCGGCCCCUACCUGCAGGGACAGUGGCCCAGAGAGGGAGAGAGCCAGGCUGUUACCUGUGUGAACGACAAAGCCACACAGACACCAAGUUCCUGGGCAGAAGAGACCCGAGGGAGGAGAAGUUCCGGCAAACACAAGCGCUCAGCAUCGUGGGGUAGUGCAGAGCACCUGAGGGAGGUGGCCAAGCUGAGGAACCAGCUGCAGAAGCGUUCCCGCCACGUCCCUCCCUCAGCAGGGUACGAGCCCCUCCACCACCCCCUGCCAGCAGGUCAUGCAGCAGGCAUCACUCAGACUGUGCCCCUGAUGCGACUGAACAGAAUCGCCCCGCGGCUGCGACGCAGUGUUGAAGGUCUGAACCUGGAGCUGGAAGAAGCAUUUGUCUCUGAGAAACCUGACGAUCAGCACGAGGUGAGGCAAAAGAUUUUGGAUAUCCCGGAUGGCCAUAGGGCCCCCGUCCCUGUUCAGAGGUGCAGCAGUGGCUCUCAGAGUGAGCCCUCCCCAGGGCCCCUGGAUCUGGAUCCUUCCCUCCUCUCUCCUUCUCAGUCUCCUUGUCCUCUAGAUCCAUCGCUGCUGUCUCCUUCAAAUUCCCCUUCUCCAUUGAACCCAUCUCUUCUGUCUCCAUCACAGUCUCCCUGUCCCAUGGGAGAGCCAGAGCUACUCGACUGUGAGACGCUAAGUCCCGCUCCAUCUACGCCGCUACCUCUGUUUGCCCUGGACCCCCCCCUGCUAAAGCCCUGCUCCUCCGCUACUCGUCCCAACAAAACCUACUCCUUCCAGCGCGAGCCGCCAGAAGGCUCUGAGCGAGUACAAGUGUGCGAGGAUCAAAUGUCUGCCUCUCGGGACGUGCCUCUCCUCCAGCCGUCCUGCCCUGACCGCAAUAAAGUCAACUUCACCCCUCAUGGAGGCUCCGCUUUCUGCCCUGUUAGCCUCCUGAAGCCCCUCCUGCCCUCCAUGGACCUUCUCUUCCGGGGCCUGUCAGUCUCUCCAGUCACAGGCUGCCCAGGUCAGGCCUCUCCCACCAGGCACCUGGGCCUGCAGUAGCCUCCUCUCAGGACUAAACCACACUGCCAGAACAUGCCUACAACUGACUGUGUUUUAAAUGUCACUGCUGUAAUGUGCCAUGAUCACUGUGAGCAAAAAAAGGCUUUGUGGCUCACACUUAGUCUGUUUUACUGAUUAUUUCCGCUUUCAGAAUGCCAUGUUAAGCUGAUAUUUACCUCAUCAGCACCUAUUAUAAGUAUUCCCUUAUGUGGGCUACGGAUUAAGUCAGGGCUGGAGUUCUGGAAAUGCAGAGAAAAGUUUGAAGUCUGAGUUGUUGUUUUUGAUAAAACUAAAUAUUUUUUUAGUUGAUGCAUCAGCAUUUCAGAAAAAAAUUGCAAUCUGCUAGGGAUGUUUUCAUUUUUAAUGUGAAAGAGUGACUUCAAAGUGAAAAAAAAAACAAGCACUUACAACACAUGAGUAGUUUACUAUCCUUAAUUGUUAGUUAAAGGUGGGGUAGGUAAUUUUGGAGAAACCAGCUCGAGUGCGCUAGAAUUUGAAAAUACACAGCCGGAGAAAAUCAGCCACUUCCUUACAGAGCCCCUCCUCCAACACACACGAACGCCCACAUGACCACUGAGGGCACGAGAUAAGUUUGUGCACAGAUGGAAGGCUGACAGGCAGGUAGGCCAUCCAGUUAUUUUAGCCGGGCCGGCUACAAUGAUUGGUCGUGCUUUUUACAGUACUACGGCUUCCACAGAUGACUGUUUUUAAUGGAUUUUUUGUCAAAGCACUUCAGAUAUUCCUCGCUAUCGGGAUGUUAAGAGCAUUCCAUGGAAUAUAACAAAGUGUAUCUCGAGCCGGUUUCUCAAACUUACCUACCCCACCUUUAAGGAAUGGUUCAGCUUAAUUUUUUUAAACCAAUAACUUUUUCGAAAGUCUGUUGGUCAAUAGUUUAAUGGUAGCUGGCUUUUAUACAGAUGUACUUCUAGAAAGAUAUAUAUUUUUGUAUCUUUGCAAGGGAGCUGGUGAUAUCAUUUUAGUUUUCACUGAAGACAUUUUUUUUUUUCUGUUUAUACUUUAAAGUUUUACAGGCAAUAACGGAUGUUGGAAUAGCUUUACUUGCCUACAGAGGGCAUUGUUUUUAACCAAACCUUUUGCAAUGGUUGUAAACCUUAUGAAUUGAAGUGGCCAAGCUUAGUGUUUUUGUUCAAUCUGAGCCUCGUUGGACCACAGGGAGAGGUUGAUUCCCUCUGCUCAAGUUAAUGUUCAAAUGGAUCAACACUAUCUCUGUCAGUAUGAUCCUAUGCAAAACUGAUUCAAAAAAAUACAUAUCGUUGAGAAAAAAAUUAGGUUUUUAUCAGCCCUUUUUUUCAGACAUGAUGUAGCAACCUUUUCCCACUUGUGUUUAGUGUGCUGUUGCCAUUGUGAUCAAAUAAAAAUAAACAGAUUUUCCGGGCGUUUAAAUCCUUUCUAUACUACUU